CUAUUCGCUUUACGCCUAUUGGCUUGUAGGAAUCUUUUCUAACCUAAAAAACAAUCAGUGCAAAUAACGCGACUUUUCACAAGUUUUUCCGAGUUUCCUGAAGAAAGAGUGUUUGUCUUGGUCUGAAAAUUAUGGACCAGGAAGUAAAGAAUCACCUGGCAAUGGAUGUUUUGGUGAAUAACGAGAAGGUGAAUGUGGAUCAGUUGUCCGGGAAGCUCAAUCUUCCUCUGCAAAAGUGCUCCUUGAAGCUGUAAGAUUGACUCAAGAGCUGCCUGGCUAAGGAGUUGGAGAAAAUAUCUCGGGAAUUUAUGAUAAAAGGGAUAGAUGCCAGAGGGAAUGGCUUUAUACGAAUUGUAACUGAGGAAACAUACAAGAAAUUGGACAAGGAAGGUACCACCAGCUUCCUCUUCAGUGUUGAGAAGAAUCGGCAUGAUGCCCUCUCGAAAAACUCCUACCAAUUGGGGAAUUCAAGCUUCAAGAGGAUCAAAUUGACUCCUCAGUAACAAUGUAAAGUUCUACUACCAGAAGUGGAUGGAGGAGCAAGCACAGGAUGGGAAGGGCAAGGCAUGGAUCUAUCCGGUCGCCACUGUGGAAGGGUGGUGGUGUCAGUCAUGGACCACGGUCACCCACGAGCCACUUCUAUAUGCUGCCCUAUUUUACGAGGGUCAUGGGACUUACAUCAACGCUGUCUGUAAAGUUGGCCCAGAAUGACUUGUUUGUGGUGGAAAAUCUCGAUAUUCCCGUAGAGGAUCCGAAGUUUGUGCAGGAACUGAUAGAUGCUCGGACUUGGGGACCGUCAGUGCUGAUAGUUGAUGAGAGUGAUAUUUUCCCUUACAACAUCACUGCAGCCACAGAACAAAUUCCUCAUGUUACUAUGAUGCCCCUGUACGGGCUGAAUGUCUACUCUAUGUUGAAAUAUCACACCCUGGUUCUCACGAAGGACGCUGUCCGGAAACUCGAAGAAAGAAUUCUCUACCAGUUCAAUCGAUCGGACAGCAGGGAACUCGUGAAGAAAUUCCGCGUUAGUCAGUGAAAAACAUUUUAAAAGGGCAACAGAAUUUAAUAAAGUAGUUUUCCAGAGACAAA